AUAUAAAUACACAAGUUUAUUCAUUCUUUCCAUUCGUUGCCUGUGACUACUCUAAAUUACUUUUGAUCGGCCACACUUUUUGUCGACAAUCUUGCCGCAUUAACACAAAUGAGUCAGUCAUCACUAAUCUUUUUACGCAUGAUUCUGUCGAAGAUGCGUUUCUAAUGAAAGACUUGAAUCCAAAUAUAAAUACAAGAAAGAAAAUAUUUUAAAGAGAUUGUCUGUAUUCUUAAACCAACUUGUUCUUUAAUUCAAAAAGUGAUUUAUUCAAUACUAAAAAACCUUAAAAUUUAGUAGCUUAACAAACUUCUUAUCACUACAAGACUUUAAAGCACUAUGUACACACUGGAACAGUGGCGCUGCCCAACGAGAAUUGCAUUCGCCAAUGUGACCCUAUUGCUAUGUAUAUGAUCAUUAGCCUCAGACAUAUGUGGCAACCACAGCUGAUAUUUUGUGCUUUUUCAGUACAUUCCCUGAUUUCGUUCGUGUGAUUAGCAUUGCUAUUUUAGCUAUUGGAGAUAAAUAAAUUGAGGAUCUUAUAAUGACAGAAAAUUUGCUUGAAGGGCGCAAGCAACUGGAAAACAGUUCUGCUAAUUUAAAAAUUGAACAAAACAAUAAUAAGACUGAAAAUUUGCCGGAAUUACUACCCGAUGUCAAACAAAGCAAGGAAGAUAAAAUUUGCAUGGAGACGGAAGCUAUCAGCCAGACUGCCACAUCUGAUAAUCAAGAACAUAAAAUAACACAAUUUGUUCUGCAAUUACUUGGUGAUCUCAAAGGCCAAGAGGAACUUCAUUUAAGCGAAGUAAAAGAGCUUCGUAAGGAGCUGGAAGAAAAGGAUAAUAUAUGCAAUCAAUUAAAGCUUGAGAUAUCCCAAGUUCGAGAAAACCCAACAUUUUAUGAUCUUAAAAGUCACGAAGAACGUCAUUCACGAGAAGUAAAAGAUCUUCGCACACAGCUGGAAUUAAAUGAUAAUGUAAAUCAGAAGUUAACAAAUGAAGUGUUCACUGUUCGGAAAAAUUUUAUUCAAAUGCGCAAGCAAUUGCUUAACGAUCUCAAAAUUAGAGAAGAAUGUCAUUUACGAUACGUAAACGAGCUUCGUGAAGAGUUAAAAGCAAAAGAAAAUAAUCUUAAAGAUCAAGAAGAACGCCAUUCACGAGAAGUAAACAAACUUCGUGAGGAUCUGGAUGUAAGGGAUAACACAUGCCAGGAGCUAGAACUUAAGGUAUCCCAAGUUCGUGAAAACCCUGAAUUUAUUAAAAUGCGACAGCAAUUACUUGAUGAUCUUAAAGGUCAAAAAGAACAUCAUUCACAGGAAGUAAAAGAGUUUCGCAAGGAGAUGAAAAUAAAUGAUAAUAAGUGUCAUCAGUUAACAAAUGAAGUUUUCGAUGUGCGGAAAAACUUUAUUCAAAUGCGAGAACAAUUACUUAAUGAUCAAAAAAGUCAAGAAGGACGUCAUUUACAAGAAGUAAAAGAGCUUCGCUUGGAGUUAGAAUCAAAGGAAAACAAUCGUAAAGAUGCAGAAGAACAUCAUUUGCGAGAAGUAACAGAGCUUCGCAAGGAGCUGAAAAUAAAUGUUACUAUGUGUCAGCAGUUAACGAAUGAAGUCUUCGAGAUGCAGAAAAGACUUGAAAGUCAAGAUGAACGCCAUUUACUAGAAAUAAACGCGAAGCACGAGGAGCUGGAGUCAAAAGACAGCCUUUGUCAACUGUUGGAGCUUAAGGUGUCUCAAGUGCGAGAAAAUCCGGAAUUUCUUCAAAUGCGACAGCAAUUACUUGAUGAACUUGAAGGCCAAGAAGAACUUCACUUGGUCGAAAUAAAUAAGCUUCGUAAGGAACUGGAGGCUAAGGAUACAAUAUGCCAUCAGUUAGAGCAUGAAGUAUUCGCAGUGCAGGAAAAUGCUGAGUUUAUUCAAAUGCGAGAACAAUUAAUGGAUAAUCUCAAAGAUCAAGAAGAACGUCAUUUACGAGAAAUAAGUGACCUUCGCAAGGUGCAGGAGGACAAAGAUAAAUUAUGCUUGGAGAAAGAGCAGGAAGCAGCUCAACUCCGAGAUCGUCUUAACUUCAACAUGUCUUGUCCCAUAUGUAUGGAGCCAUGGAAUUCUUCAGAACAUCGCAUGGUUGCGUUGUUAUGUGGUCACAUUUUCGGUGAAUCAUGCGCACGACAAUGCCUGCAAAGAAAUUCAAAUUGUCCAGAAUGUCGAGCUCCUGCUUCAGAAAGUAAUAUUCGUAAACUAUUUCCCCGUUAAUAAUUUAUUCAAUCUGCUUGUACUACGCGUAGUAAAUUUUAACAAUACAAAAGAGCCAAUAAACAAUAAUUUCUUAUCUAUUUACAUAUGUAUGCACAUAUAUAUCAUUAGCUUCUUAUGACGCAUUCAUUUACUGAUUGAACUUUCAACAACUAUCAAUGCAGUAAAACCAAUGGCCAAGUUUGACCAGAUAAUCGGUAUUUUUUUCAUUAAUCUAUAGAGAACACAGAGUUUACAAUGGCGAUAAUUGUAAUUUUGUAUAUUAACACAAUU